AUGAACAAAGGAAGUUAUUCUGAUGUCGAGGAUGAACAUAAUAAUACACAUGAAUAUAUACCAGAAGAUGAAUAUGGCGAAGAAACUGAUUUCGCAUACGAUGCACUAUCUGUAAUAGGAGCAUAUAAAGGUCAACGUAAUAGCAACGGUGAGCGACACGGAUUCGGCAAAGCUAUCUUACCGAAUGGCGAUGCUUAUGUAGGAACAUAUAAAAAUGGUCACAGGCACGGCCGCGGACAGUACAGAUUUAAGAACGGUACUAUUUACCAGGGUUGUUAUAGGGAAGGUCUGAGGCAUGGAAAAGGAGUGAUGCGUUAUCCGGAUAACAGUAAAUAUGAAGGUUAUUGGAUAGAUAACAAAAAAGACGGCACAGGUGUUUUCAAAUUUAAAAAUAAUGACAAGUUUUCGGGAUCGUGGAAGUCUGAUAUGAAACACGGAUUGGGAACAUAUACAUUUUGUAAAACCGGUGCCAUCUUGAAGGGAAUGUGGCUUAACGACAAAAAAGUCAAAAACUUUCAAGUUUUUUAUCCGAUUAGUGACGGUACCGGAUUUACGUUUCAUGGUACAUGGGAUGACAACGAGAUGGUUUCUGGAAAAGGAUAUUUUGUGUUCGAACAUUUGAAGUGCAUGCAAAGUGGCACAUACGUCGAAAACCCAUUUUACGAAAACGCGAAAUCUGUUGAACUGCAAAACAAAAUAUGCAAGUCUUUGUGGUUGUCAAAUGAAAUACUACCGAUCAUCAGUGGUAUGCUACCGUGUUUGCCAAAAACGCGAUCCGUGGCCAGAGUGAGAUCUUCGUGUGACACGAGUUUCCUGAUUGCCGACAAAGUAUCUGCGGUAGACGUCCCGUCACCAACGAUGAGUCGCGUAGAAAUGUACGAGCACGGAGAUGACCUAUGGGCCGAAAUGGAAGAUCUAGAAACCGAGUUGAAAUUAAAUCUGCAAGAAGCCGAUUCAAAUUCGUCGAGUUAUCACGAACAAGAAGAAUGA